AUGGCCAAUCUAGCAUCAAUAUACAAGAAGCAAGGGCGAUGGAAAGAAGCUGAAGAGUUGAAUGUGCAAGUAAUGGAAACGAGAAAAAGGGUGCUGGGUGCAGAGCAUUCAGACACGCUGACUAGCAUGAACAAUCUUGCCUUGACCUGGAAAAGGCAGGGCCGCGGUGCGGAAGCCUUCAACUUAAUGGGGGACUGUAAACAGUUACGAACAAAGACUUUAGGCAUUGAGCAUCCUGAUACCAUUUCAUCAUCUACGAUAUUGACCCGUUGGCAGACGGAGAAGUUGGAUAUUGAUGUGUCAGCAGCUGACAAGGCUGCAUAA